UUGUAGAGUCUUCAAUAGAUUAUAUUAUUGUUUGAGAUAGAGAGAAUAUGGGGAGAGAGAUUGUGAGAUCAAAUGAUGAGAAUUUGGAGUUGUCUGCAUCUUCUUCUCCUCUUUCUCCUUCUUCUUCUUCUUCUUCAUCUUCAUGGAGUUUGGAAGAAGGUGAUGACAAUAAGAGAAUGCCAUUGCUGGCUCUCAACCAUGUCUCCUUUGUCUGCAAAUCUGUCCCCAAAACUGUCCAAUUCUAUGAGCAAGUUCUGGGUUUUGUCCUCAUCAAGAGGCCCUCUUCCUUUGACUUUGAAGGAGCUUGGUUGUUCAAUCAUGGCAUUGGGAUCCAUCUCCUGGCUGCAGAGAAUGUGGGCAUCACCAAGAAAGGGAAGAUAAACCCUAAAGACAACCACAUUUCAUUCCAGUGCUCAGACAUGAACCUCAUCAUCAACAAACUAGGUGACAUGAACAUUGAAUAUGUGACUGCAAAGGUUAAGGAAGGUGGUGUGAUUGUGGAUCAGCUCUUCUUCCAUGACCCUGAUGGCUACAUGAUUGAGAUCUGCAACUGUCAGAAUCUACCAGUUUUGCCCCUCUCCUCCUGCCCUCUCAAGAACACCAACAACAAUUCCAUCAAUCACCAAACAAGCCCUUCUUCCCCUUAUGAUGGGAGGGGAAGCUGGAAGAAGCCAUGUUGUGCUGGAGAAGUGGAACAUCUUAUGAUGGAGAAUUUAGCUGUGGACAUGCUGGAUAUUUCCUUUUGAAAUUCUACAAUAAAUAAUUAUUAAAAGGGGGAAAAUAAAUUAAAGAAAAAUCCCUUAUUAUUAAUUUUUUGUAAAGUUCUUUAUACUAUUUAUGUAUGGAGAGACUGAAAUGUAAACCAUUACGUACCGAUCGAGAAUCAAUAUAAUACGUAUUUCUUUUA